AGUGCGGAGGCGGGCCAGUUGAAGGGCGGCGAGGAGGCCCGCACGGUGCGCGCCGAGAACUUCGGAUGGGACACCGCCGAGGGCGAAGGCGCCGUGGUGCCGCCCAGUCUCGUGUACUGGUGCGUGCUGACCAUAGCGCAGAACUUCGAAAAGAAUCCUAUCCUCGACGAGCUGCCGCCAUGCAACCGCGACCAGCUGCUAGAAAUUCUGUCGACGGAGUUGCCGCUGGAGUUGACAGUGCUGAAGGUGCCAGACGGAAUCUACUGGCAACGCUGCUGCGAGGAGAAAUGGGACUCUAUGAACUUCGUGCAGGACUACGGGGACAGCUGGAAGCGCAUGUACCUGGAGCGCUAUUUGCAGCAGCACCUGGAGAAGCUCCCGGUGGAGGACUACAAGCUGGUGGAGAUAAAGAAUCUCAUGAAGUUGCUGUCGCCCUACGUACACCGCCUGCGGCUGCGCGAGCUGCAGCUCAUCAAGUCGCAGCAAGAGCUGGACGCCGUCGCCAACGCCGAGUUGAAGGCGGAGAGGAAGAAGUUGGCGGACGAGGAGGAAAUCGUGGAAGUGACGCCUGCGCCGAGGCCUCCGGAGCCGGAGCCGCCGGAGGGCGAGGGCAAGAAGAAGAAGAAGAAGCGGCCUGAAUCGGCGGGCAAGGGCAAGAAGAAGGACGAGGAGCCCCCGGCGCCGGAGGUGCCCCAGCCGCGCCCGCUCACGCCGCCCACGCCGGACGAGGCGCCGCCCGAGGUGCCCGACCCGUGCGUGCCGCGGCACGACAUCCCGCUCGACCACAUCAACCUGGAGCCCGUCAUCAGGAACUUGGCCAAGCUGCAGGAGUUCACUGUAGCUUACGGCAUUCGAGACUGUGGCAUGGAGUACCGCCGAGAAUUGUUCCAGUUCUCCGUGCAGGACAUGAAAAACCUCGGGCGCGGACUGGAGGUGGCUUAUGCUCUGCGUGUCUUCCGGUUGACGCGCAGCAACCUCGACGACACGUUGUCCCCGGAUCUAGUGCGAAGUUUGUCGAAAGUUAUUCGUCUGAAGAUCUUGGACCUGUCGCACUGCCGCAUUGGUGACAACACAGCCUGUGCGUUGGGACACCUGAUCACCAAGCACCCACGCGUGGAGCUGAUUGACCUUACCAACAACUGCAUCGGGCAGCGCGGCGCGAAGGGGCUGGCGUACGCGCUGCAGCACCCUCCGUGCGCGCCGGUGCGCGAGCUGCACCUGCGGCUGAACCGCAUCGGCGACGGCGGCGCCGCGGCCAUGGCCGCCAUGUUGGAGCGCGCGCGCCUGCCCUCCAUCCUCAACUUGGCCGCGUGCGACAUCACAUCAGAGGGCGCCAUGCACAUGGCCGUCGCCCUGCGUCACAACCACACGCUGCGCCGCCUCAACCUCUCCAACAACCCACUUGGCGACAGCGGAGGCGAACACUUAGAAUCCGCAAUGAGGAUCAACAGUACUCUAAUUGACCUUGAUCUACGUAUGACGAAUAUGCCAGCAUUCCGUGAGUACGUCAUCAUGGUAGAAGUGGAUGCCAACAACGCGAAAUAUCGUCGCCUGUACACAGAAAUAAAAGAGAUGCUGAAGAAGGAGAGCGAGGAGCGGAUUUUGCGCGGCCUGCUGGCAAAGGCCGUCGCCCUGGAGACGGACGAGGAGUGGUUGGGGGCGGAAGUAGAGAAAGCAGCGGACGACGCCAUCUCCGGCGAGCCGACCAGCAUCUACUGGCAGGUGGGCUACAUCCGCAAUCCUGCCACAAGGUCGGCCCAACUGUUGGGACAUCCGGAAAAGCUCGAACAGUCAGAGGAUUUGCAUUGCUUACUUACUCACUGCAACCACGUUCACUCUAACCACGUAGAAACCACCGAGAAACUGGGAUUCAGGUGGACGAAAAGUGAAGUCAAGAGCGGCCACAAGUACCAGAAUAGGUCGACCGGAUCAGGACGUGGACGUGAAUGUUGAGUGAUUGAUUGGUUGCACAAAAGUCGCCACUUUCUUCGCAGUAGUCCUAUAGCUUGGGUGGUACAAAGUGUCCAUGUAUCGUCCCGUCUACUAAUUCGUCUCCACCCGAUUUCCGCUUUCCGCCCGUCUCCGUCUGUUGCUUGAAAGCGGCCACGAGAAUUUAUUGUUUACACUUCAGUUGAUGAAAACAAACAGGUGUUCGUCAAAGGCGGGGAGAAUUACCUGACACAAGGAUUCCCUCAUUUUUUAAUAAAAAAACUGUUUUAAAAAUCUAAGACAUUGGGAUUGCAAAAUGAAAAAUGUAUUACUAUUAUGCAUGCGCCCGGACGUAGGUUGAAAUGUCUGGUAUAAGGUAAUUUGAUUGAAAUUGACCUAAAGUUCGCAUCGUUUUUUACUCGACAGUAUGUGCAAAUAUUGUUGUGUGCCUAAUUUUGACCUUUUGGUGAAUCUUAAUUCUGUCCCCAGGACAGAUAUGAAAGUUACAUUAGAAUUAGAGAAACAAUAAAGGUCUUGUAGGUGCUGUGAUUCUCUCACACUUUUAUUACAUUACUGGAUAAAGUGAGUUGUUUUACAUUUUAUUUUUCAUUGUAAAAACGGAUAACGAAAAAUGGGUGCGUGGAAACUGUAACUGGAUGUUACAGGCUGUUACUAUUUUUUCAGAUUCAUACGUUGCUUUUGUUUCACUUGUGAAAAGAAAUGGCUUUGGGGGACGAUAUAUGGACUCUUAUAGACCCCUCUACCCAGGAACUAUAUUAUUUAGUCUUUCAGCUUACUGUCAUCGUGUCUUCCUUAUCUGGUCCACAAAGUUUAUUUUCAAUUUUUUUUUGUUGUCGAACACCUCCACUCGCGAACCGCGACAUAUUAGAAGGAACUGGGUUCACGCAUCAAGUGAUCUCGGGAUUCUGAGCGCAUUCUCUUCUGAACGAAUCGAAAUCCUUCUGUUGGCUCCGCGACACCUUCUCCCGGUUGCCAAGUCCGCGGACGUGGGCUGCGACGCGAGCGCGUACCGCCGUCAUCGCCGCUCGGAGCGAUCAAUGUCGCCGAGCCUGCAAUAAGGCGCUUCACCGCCCAAUAAGCUUAGGACAGAUGGAGCCACCAAAACACAAUAAGCAGAUAGGGAUCUGCCCCGGGCUCAAGUUAUUAAGUAUGAGUAUUCGCGCGCGAAGUUGGCAUCGCCUCAGUGCGAGACCGUACAAUGCCCGCUGCAUCGCUCUGCCAGUGAGCGUCCGAACAUUGAAACGCGAGGUCGCCGGGGGCGCACCUGAGUCGCUGGGGACACGAAGGGGCCGCCACCAUCGCACCUCCAUUAACUCAGAGAGCCACGUGGCGCCGCUGCGGGUCAAAGACAAUACCAAGAGUGCCGGAACCCGUCGUCCUCUCAACCAAGAACGAUGAUCAACGAAUGGGUUGACGGCCGCAGAAAUGCAAUGCCAAUUAGAUGUAAGGUAGCUUUUAAGUAGCGCAUGCGUUCAUCUGUAGUCUUUCACCACCAAAUUGUCAGUAAACCCCACCAUCUCUCAAUUUUAUAUUUAUUAAACUCAUGUGAAUUUUUAUUCACGACUUUCUAUGUGUUCUGCAUGAUCCGCAUUUCUCGCAAAAGCACCUCCCAUAUUUCAGAGUAGCCA